GUAACUUAAUAAGCUUCCCAAGAGCUAUAGAAAGAUGAUUCUAAUUAUAGCAAACAUCCAAAUUACAAACUCAGAGUCUGUUGCAGCCUCAGAAACCAAGACUUCUUUUAAAAGAACCUUGCUAGAUAGCAUUAUGAAGAGACUUCAUGAGAAUGGUGUCAUGAAACUCCUCAAAAACAGCGAUGAGAAUAGACUUAGACAAAUGGACAGGAAUAAAUUCAUCAAUAUAGAUGGGACAAAGUUCAAUGCAUUUGAAGUUAAUAAUUUUACAGAAAACAUAGGGAUGGAUCCCAAGAUAGAUAUCAAUAAAUAUGGUUGGUUCAUCAAAAUCGCUCUAAAAUUUCCUCUCCCUGACCCUUGGAUCAGGGAGAAGGAUGCUGAAGGAGGCGUUAUUUAUUGUAACAAACAGACUGAAGAUAUCACGAUUCAUCAUCCCCAGGAGAGGUUGUUUCGGAAAAACUUCAGCAAGGAUUUUGAAGCUGAAUAUGGAUGGCAAGAAUUGAAAUGAAUUUCAGAAGACAGUCAUUGAAAACUUGACGGAGGAGACCGGAUCCUUGAUAAAUAUGCUAAUAAAUAAGAACAAAUCACAUAAAAGGUUCUCCAAAGUUAGAGAUUACCUUGAGAAGAACAAGAACUUAUGAAUGAAAGAGAGACAGAAAAACACUUCCGAGAAUAUUCUUUCAACAACGAGAAGGAUUAAAUAAAAUGGUAAAAAGAAUAAUUCCUGGUGAUGAGGAGAUCCAGAGCCAAGCUGAAGACCUCCCUGAAAAUCUUGAAGCACAAAAUGAUGAUAUACAUCAAUACCAAGGAAAUGCACCUUCGGAUCGAGAAUUGCUGCUCAUAGCCAGCCAGCUAGAGAUUGGCCCUGAAAAUGUAUUCCUACUCCAAAAAGUCAUGGAUAUUGUUACAGAUAUUAAGUUUGAGUACUCAGAAUGGAAGUUUAGACAAAUUAACGACCAGAUGUACUGGGCUUGAGUAAGACGAUCUCCAUCAUUAUUAAUAGGACAAUAUUACCACAAUAAUGCUACCAAGAGAGCAAAGUCUACAGUACAUGGAAGAGAUUAUGAAGGAGUUAUCAAAAUUACAUCAGAGAGUAGAUCAAUAUCUGAUACCUUUAAAGAAAGUGAAGAGUCUUACUCCUCUGAAGAUUUAUCUGAGGAGAUCGCUCAACUCAGAGAAGAAAUUGCCAAAAGAGAUCCUAGCACUAAGAAAGUGCCCAGAACCUCAAGAAGAAUCAUGAGAGAAACAGAUCACAAAAGUAUCCAGAGAGGAGUUGAUGGAAUAUGUAUUCUGAAGAACAACAAGAAGUUUAUCCAGAAUAACAGAAUUACUGAAAUCAUUACUAAUAAAAGUAGCCAAAAUAGCCAAAGAAGGAGAAAAUCAGGCUCAGAUCGACCAAUGUUGAAACGUCAGCAAACCAUUGGCUCAAAAACAGCGGAAAGCAAGUUCUUUAAGUCAAGAUUUGCCGAUGUUGAUCUACGAAAGCAAGCUUUGAACAAGAUCCGAAACAAACGGGCAACUCAGGUGUUGAAAGCUGAGAACUUCUUAAAGAUCCCCAAAUUUUCGGGUGAGGAUUCUUCGGUAACAUCGAUUAUUGAGACUAACUCUAAGAGUAACUUCUCAACAUCGCAAGGGAAGAUGACUAAUCCAGUGACUGCGCAUUCACGAAGAGCUUCAAAGCGGAUAACCAUGCCGAUGACUCCAAGACUAAGGCUAAACAUUAGUCAGGCCAAGCUAAUGGGGAUAUUGUCAGCCCACAAACUUUCUCUGGACAACUUUAAGUAUAUCCUAGAUAAGGUUUCCCACUCUGAGGCUGUCGACAUGUUAAGGGUAAUCACUAACCCAAAAUCUGCAAAAGAAGAUCUUAAUGAGAAGGGAUUCGACAUCACGAAGGAAUUCAGGAAGGUCUAUGAAGAGUUCAAACAAAUCAAAAAGAAUGACAGAACCCAGAGCUAUGGUGAUAAUGACACUGCUGCGAAAGAUAGAGUUAAGAAACCAAUGAAUAUGAAUAAAUUGUUGAGGAUGAGAGGAGGAGUGAGACAGAAUAGCUUGCUAGAUACAAAGUUCAAGUCUUGUUUUACUAUCACUCAGCUUUAG